UCAAAAAAUUUACACGAAGUGACCAGCUGGAUUGAAAUUUAAUUUAUAUUUAUUGUUAUUUUAUUUUUCACAUUUAUUUAUUCAUUAUCAAGACAACAUUUAUUAGCUCAAAUUAAAUUGUUUAAUGUUUUGCCGCAUACAUUUUAUCCAGAGAUAAAAUUAUGCCGGAGGAUAAGAAAUCUAACCGUAAAAGUGACCCAAAAGACCAGAGGAAAUCUCGACGUCGUCAUGACCAGCAAGUCGACAAGAAAGAUAAACAACCAGCACCAAAACCUCAGCCUGUACCAGUGCAAAAGAACACCGAACCUGCUAAAGAUUCAGUUCCCGAGAAGCCUGUAUAUGAACCACCUGGUCCUGAGUUCUAUAAAAAUCUUAAAAGGGAGACAGAUGACAUACUCAAAAUAACAGAAGAAGCAAACUCCAAAUACAAGAAAAAGGAAAUACAAAGCAAUUGGGCCAAAUAUGAAAUGCCAAUUGAGAGUUACAAUGAAAUUGAGGAACAGGAGAAUAUAGGCGCUGAUUAUGAGGCUCUAAUCCAAGCACCAUUGUCAGUUGGUGGACAUUUUCAAUUCAAACAUGAGAAGUCAUGGGAUAAUACCACAGGCCCUUCUCUAUAUGAUAAAUAUUUCGAAAUUGAUAUGGACAAUUUAGCUAUAGCUCUGUCAACAAUACCGUUUUACGAAAGAAAUUGUAUAGACCAAUCAUUAUUUAGCGAAACAGAUAUAUUCAAUAUGAAUAACAGAGCUACAAAGUUUAAGCAAAAGUAUUACAAUGACAAAAGUUAUACUACACCUGAAAUGGAAGCGCAGGAUAGAAUUUUAAAGAAACUAAGGGAAUCUGAAGAAAAGGAAAGUACUGUUUCUGAUGAAAAAGGGGAAGUUACCAAAGAUGUUGAUUUUACAAAUCUCGAGAACAAAAAUGACAUAGAACACGAAGAAAUUAAAACAAGUGAUGAGAAAACUUCUAAACCUAGUCCUGUUAAGUUUAAUAAUUUAGCUAAAAUUGAACCUGAAAAUAUUGAUACGAAUAAAAUUAAAGAAAUAGAAUCUGUGAAACAAAUAGUUAAAAUAGAAGAAAAAGGUGACAUGAAAGAAAAAUCUCUUGACAAUAAACAUAUAGACAAUAUUGAUGAUAUUAUAGCUGUUGUUGAAAACAAAAAAGUAGAAACUCCAAAAAAAUCUGAACCAAAAACAAUUGUAGAUACAGCUGUUGUCACAGCAGUCGUUGAGAAUAUCAGUCCAGCAGGGGAACAGGCACCACAAAAGAAUCCAGUUAUUGAAUCUCCCGAGGAUCUUGAAAAGUGGCUCGAUGAUUUCUUAGAUGGCUAAAUUAUUGUAUUCCAUGUAACUAUGACUUUUACUUUUUUUAAUAACAGAUUUAUCAUUAUUUUCGUAAGUUAUUGUUUUUAUUAUAUUAUAUUGUUUUUUUAUUAACUACUAGCUGUUCCUUGAACUGUUUUCCUGACUAACUUAUUAAAAGAAAGAAAUGCGUAUUUGUUAAAAGUUAAAAAUAAAUGAAAAAAAUAUUUUAGAGCCGUCUGAUGAGUUCCAAUAUUGAACCUAUAAAUGUUCCCGGGAAUUUAUAGAAAUGAUCUUUUCUUGCGUGAGAGCUCGCGGUGGAGCAAAUGAUAACCCCAGUGCAAUGCAAUUUAGUAAACUAAAUAUUAUUUAUUACAUUGCUUUUCUAGCGAUUUAAAUAAAAAAAAGUAAAAAAUAGUAAAUUGUGGGGACCAACUUCACACUAAAAAUUGAAAUUGCUUUUACGGAGAAAGCAGGAAAUCUCAAAGGAAAAUUGUUUUCUCUCAAACCGUCUCUAGCUAUUCUCCAACGAUUUUCAUAAAAAAAGAAAGUGAGGAGGGUAACUUCAUGUAGGUCAAAAACGGGAAAUGUAUAGUGCCGUAUAGAGCAUGUUUAUCAUUAGCACCUUCGAUUAAAAUCCAUUUGGAGCAAUGAUCUGCUGACGGCAGGUCACAAAUACUUUUUUAUAAUUAUUGUCCUAAAAUCAUAUUUCAAUAUAGUCACUAUAGCCAGAGAGGGGUAAAUGGGACAGUUAUUGAGAUCUUGCCUUCAAUUAUUCAACAAGAGCUCGAUCCUGUUCUAGUAGUACAUCCAUGAUAAAAUGUUGAUUCUGAAUAGACAUUUUUAAGUUUUAAGUACAUGUUUGAUUAUGAACACUAACGAAAGCUGAUGAAAUGUAUAAUUUAUAAUAGAGAAGUAAAAAAUAAAACGAUAAAAAGUA